AUGGUCAACAACAGCAAGGCCGUUGGCGCCUACUAUGCGCCAAAGGGCGGUCUGCCCUCGCAAUCGGAGCUUCUGACCGACCGGGCUAUGUUCACGGAGGCCUACACUGUUAUCCCCAAAGGAACUUUCCGUGACAUUGUGACAUCCUUCCUGCCAUUCUGGGAGCAGACCCGCCUGUGGGUCAUCGCCCGACCUCUCUCCGGAUUCGCCGAGACAUUCUCGCAAUAUAUUAUGGAGGUGCAACCGGGCGGUGGAAGCGACAAGGCCGAGCUCGACGCCGGUGCUGAGGGUGUCCUCUUCGUCGUCGAGGGCGAAGUCACCGUUACCGUCGCCGGAACCGAACACAAGCUCACAGAGGGCGGAUAUGCGUUCCUCCCGCCAGCCUGCGGAUGGACCCUUCGCAACAAGGGUACCUCCACUGCCCGCUUCCACUGGAUUCGCAAGGCCUAUGAGGCUGUCGAGGGACUGGAUGCCCCCGAACCACUUUUCCUGAACGAUAAGGAUGUUACCCCCACCGAGAUGCCCGAUUGCAAUGGUGCUUGGGCCACGACCCGAUUCGUGGAUCCUAAUGAUCUGCGCCACGAUAUGCACGUUACCGUUGUUACUUUCGAGCCCGGUGGCACAAUCCCCUUCGCCGAGACACACGUUAUGGAGCAUGGUCUCUACGUUCUGGAGGGUAAGGCUGUCUAUCGCCUUAAUCAGGACUGGGUUGAGGUUGAGGCUGGUGAUUUCAUGUGGCUGCGCGCUUUCUGUCCUCAGGCUUGCUACGCCGGUGGCCCUGGAAGGUUCAGAUACUUGCUAUACAAGGAUGUUAACCGUCACAUGAAGCUUUCAUCGCGCCUGUAA